GCAUUCGAUAUGUCGAUCCCCCAGAUUUCACACGUGUGCUGGCCUAAAGAUUCGACUGAACGAAUGGAACAGAUGGAAACGACUGCGCCGCAUCACAUUGGAGGUAUCUCCGAACGCCAGCCGGUGUUAUCGGUACAUCAUCUUGGUUACCGAACAUGGAAAACUUACAGGUGUUCAGCCAAGGCUCCUCAGAAGCUUUUUGUCGGGGAGUGCGUGAAGCAUAUAGAUGCAGAGCAUAUAUAUGACCAAAGUAGUCAAUGUUUGACACGUUUCAUGUUCCACUCUCUCGUCUGCUGGUUCUUUUCCAGCCUACCCCAAAAACCAACAUCAACACCAGAUACGAAACGCCAGAAAGAAAACCAACAAGCCAAAACAGAUUCGAUAUGGGCAUCUUUUGCCGUCUACGCCCCCGUCGACACAGACAUUUACCUAGAGAGCAGACCAUGCCUGCACCACUUCCCUUAUACGAAGAUGACGCCCUCGACAAGCAACACCACAACCUCUCAACACCAAACUCAGACCCCCAAGAGCCAAAGCAACAACCACGCUCCGGCACCGUAUUAUCCUCAACUUCACCCUCACCCUCAACCCCAUCAUCCAUCUCAACCGCCACUCUCAACGCCCGAUUCGCCACUUGCUUAGACCAGCUCGAUCAGCUAUUCGGCAGACACUCAUCCCCUCCCACACGACGCCCACCAUCUCGACUCCCAACAUCCGAAACCGCCCCUCCCCCUCCCUACGCCCCGCUCUCCUCCUACACAGACCUCCCUCUCCCAUCCUACUCGGAACUUCAAGAUCUGGGGAGAGUUGUUUUCCCUCCACGCCCCACACCAAGAGAACCCCCGCCUUCUUUCGAAGCGGCAGAAAUCCAGGAACACGAGGAGGACCAUGGGACGGAACCGUUUUUGUGGCCGGGGUGCGAGUACUGUCGGGUGUAUGCUUUGUGGGUUUGUUAUUGGAGGGGGGUUGGGGAGGUUAGGGGGUGAGUGGGUGAGUGGGGGAAAGGCUGCAUGCAGUUGGAAGUUAGGGUGCUACAGGGAGCUGGGAGGUGGAAGAGGUGAAAGAAGAGUGACGCUUUGAAUGGGGAGUAUACCUAGGGAUAGGGGUGUAGGUAGAUGGUGUAUACCUUGGGGAAUCCAUGAUUUGG